ACUGAUCAGCUGUUUAUUUGGAAGAAACACGAUUUUUGGCACAAAAAAUGCAGGAUUUGAGAAAAUCGGACGCACUGCGACUGCCAAAUGGCGACACCUGUGCCAACGACGAGGUUAAGUCCCCAUUCCUCAUAGGCGUGGCCGGCGGAACGGCCAGCGGUAAGUCAACGGUAUGCAAGAAGAUAAUGGAGCAGUUGGGACAGGCGGAGAUGGAUCACACGCAGCGCCAGGUGGUGUCCAUCAGCCAGGACAGUUUCUACCGCGAGCUGACCGCAGCUGAGAAAGCAAAGGCGCAGAAGGGACUCUUCAACUUUGACCAUCCGGAUGCCUUCAACGAGGAGCUGAUGUACAGCACGCUGCAGAACAUUCUCCAGGGCCACAAGGUGGAGAUUCCCAGCUACGAUUACCGCACCAAUUCGCUGGACUUUGAAAACAUGCUGAUUAUCUAUCCAGCGGAUGUGGUCCUGUUUGAGGGCAUCCUGGUAUUUUACUUUCCCAAAAUCCGUGACCUGUUCCAUAUGAAACUGUUUGUGGACACAGACUCUGACACGAGAUUGGCCCGAAGAGUGCCACGUGAUAUCAACGAGCGUGGACGGGAUCUGGACGCCGUGCUUACCCAGUACAUGACCUUUGUGAAGCCCGCCUUUGAGGAGUUCUGCUCACCCACGAAAAAGUUUGCUGACGUUAUCAUACCGCGAGGCGCGGACAACACAGUGGCCAUCGAUCUGAUUGUCCAGCACAUCCGGGACUUUUUGAACAAUCGCUCCCGCCAUGGAUCCACCGGCAAUAUGGCGCUCUACAUGAACCUGGAUCUGAAUGCCACGGGUGCCGGAUUCGCGGGCCCAGAUGGAACCGAGAGCCAGCACGGCACCUACAAUGCCAUCCGGCGAUUCUCUACGCUCUGCAAGGAGCUCAACAUGCAGGGCAAUUUCUUCUUCGAGACGAACAAGAACCUGCCGCAUCACUGAGAUGGUCUUUCUUUCUGUGGAAUCCCUGGAGAAGUACAAGCCAGGUCGGCUCAUCUGUAGGCAAAUGUUAAAUAUUUUAUAUAUUGUACCCAUAGACAUAUUUUUUUCAGUAAACCCGAUUUGACAGGAAAGUG